AUGUGUUCAACACUGGAAUCCGUUUAUCAAACCUUAAAACGCUUUUUUGAAGUGGAAGAAGUUCCAAAUGUCGAAAAAAGUUGCCCAGUUGAUUUAGAGUGUGAGCGAAUCUACCAGUCAACCACAACGCGUCAACCAGACGGUAGGUACGUAGUCCAUUUACCGUUCCUGAAAACCCCUCCACAACUUGGACAGUCAAAAGAUCAAGCCUUGAAACGUUUAUAUCAUUUAGAAAACCGAUUUGCAAAAAAUCCUGUUUUGCGUGAGGAGUAUAACAAAGAAAUGAGGGAUUACCUAGAUACCACCCAUAUGACCAAAUUAAAUCAAACCCUUACAAAUGAACACAACACUUAUUACAUUCCACAUCAUGUAGUUAUACGGCCUGAUAGCACAAUCACAAAAAUACGAAUUGUUUUCGAUGCAUCGGCAAAAACAUCUUCUGGGAUGUCAUUGAACGAUAACCUCUAUUGCGGUGUUACAUGCGGCCCUUCAGGGAUCCAAAAGCUGGUGUACUUGAUAAAUAAUAAUAGUCAAUUAGAAUGGUAA